AUGCCCAUCUUCCAGGAAGACAUAGGUCACACCCGGCCGUCCUCCGGCGAGCUGCAGCCGUCCCGACGCUCGCCCACCCGGCAUGCACCGCUCGGCCCACGACGCCUCUCCGAAGAGAGCCUGCCGGUCGAACUAUGCGAAGGCCCGAUACCAGAUAGUCCUGAGAAGCGUCCCAAGACGCCGGAAAUCCAGAAUGAGUUGCCCAUCAUCGAUAGAUCGGUACUCAUUGAGAAAAUAAAGCGAGGCGAGAGCCCAUCAUGGAUUCCUAAUCGUCAUCUUGACUCUAGAAUACAACACUCAACUCCUCCUACGGCCGCCCAGACGUCGCCAAAGUCGCCCAACCUGCUCCCCUCACCGCAAAUUACCCCGGAAAAGGAUCGAUCUGUCUCGCCGAUACCCGAUCGUCUGCACGAUGGCCUCGGCAUCGAACGCCCACGCUCGGCGCUUCACAGCGGCGACUUUACCCACGACGACGCCUCCUCCUCCGCUCGAGAUCAGUACCGCCAGCAACCGCCGUCGAGACACCGCCAGGAACACCUCUCCGUGGACAUGGCCUGGAUGGGCACAUCUCCGCCCCGUCCAUCCAUGUCCUUUGACCGCCACAGUCCCUUUGCCGAGCCCGGUACCAGCUUGAAAUCGACGCUGUCGUCGUCCUUUUCGUCGAUAUUUGCUUACCAACUGCCGACGAGCCCACUUGCGCAGUCUGUCACUAAUGAGGACCAGGAUGGAUUUGCGACGCCGUUCCGUGAGAGCGGGUUCCUCAGUGACAGGAUGGACUUUUCACGCGGAAGCUAUGAUGAGACAUCGCCAUUCUCCUCUCCUCUCAGACCUUUCCGUAGCCAUGGACGCAAUGCAUCCCGCAGAGAAGCCACUUUCCCUUACCAGGCUCACCAGCCCCGACGCUCAUCUGGCUCAGGCAUGAACUUUCUGCACCCAGGCUCAUCGCCACAACGACCAAUCGCUCGCGCUCGUCGCCCGUCUCUUGGGUCCGACUCCUCACCCUCACUCCACGCCUCUAUGGUGGGCUCUUAUGAGGAGAGUAUCUUGCAAGGCCGUAUGUCUACCACGCCUUCUAAGCCGUUUGACUUCAUGGCGCAAAUUGGCGUCCUUGGCAAAGGCAAAUGCAAGUCCCGCCUGCGAUGCCCUGCACACGUCACCCUGCCCUUCCCCGCCGUCUUUUACAGCUAUAGUAGCACGAGUGCCGCGAGGUCGCAGAGCAACGACGGGCCCAGUCCAUAUGUCGGCCAGAUUGACCUCGAGAACGGCCUGCCUAACCCGGAUUUCGAAGCGCAGAAGCGUAGGACCAUGCGUCGGCAAUGCGCUCACUCCACCGACAUGGAUAUCGACAUGCUGCUGGACGGCCCUAUCCCUGCGGAUGAUAAGAUCGACCCGGCCACACCCAUCAAGGCACCACCAGGCGGCAGCUAUCGUAUUCCGGAAAAGGGCCAGAUCCAAAUCGUCGUCAAGAACCAGAACAAGACGGCCGUCAAGCUCUUCCUCGUGCCCUACGAUCUGACCGGCAUGCCCCCGGGUACCAAAACCUUUAUCCGACAGCGCAGCUACUCCCAUGGGCCUAUCAUUGACAACCUGCCCAAUCUGUCUGCCUCGGCCGCCGCCGUCGCCAUGGGCCGUCCAACGUUGCGCUAUCUCGUCCACCUGCACGUCUGCAGCCCAAGCAAGGGUCGCUUCUAUCUAUACAAAAGCAUCCGCAUCGUCUUUGCCAAUCGCGUCCCCGAAGGCAAAGAGAAGCUGCGCAACGAGACGACGUUGCCUGAGCCCCGCUUCACACCUUACAAGCCCAUCCGGCAGAUGCACCCGCCCAUUUCAACGUCAUACAGCCGCUCAGGUGCCACACUUGCAGCGGAAAAGGCCCAUCGGAGACGCAGUCUCGGCAUCCCCACGAGCAGUGAAGCGCAGCGGUCGCCAUUCUCCGCUUCCACGCUAGGCUCGCUGAACCCGCCUCAGCAACGACGGUUCUCAAAUCCCCGCGGCGGCUUCCGCGGCGGCGGCAACAUACAUCCUGUUGAGCCGGUGUCGUUUCGGUUUCCCGCGCGCCGUGACAGUGACGCGAGCGACAUCUGCCUCACAGUCGAUGACGUCGACGGUCCCCCACACUCACCGAGCCGUCCAUCUACAAAGGACUCGGCGUGGGGCUACGAAAAGCUCAGCAGAGGCGACGUCGGCUACGGCGGGAACGCCUUUGCUGGGGCCCUGGGCGACCCAGCCACCGGCGGCGACAACGGCGGCGGAAGCCCCCUGGGUGGCACGGAGGGCUUGCUGUCGCAGCGGCUGCGGUCGCUGGGCGUGGACAAGGCGCAGCCGUACAGCCUGCCACCGUCUUGA